CUCAUACCCAAUAUGUAAUGAGAAUCAGUGGAAUCAGAUAAAAGUAAAACAUGUACCUGUCAAGGGAAAACUACGACCCAAAGAAAUAGCCCCAAUAACACUCUUCACUGCACCAUAAUUCGAAAGACUCGCAACCUAAGACCAAGCUACUACUAUUUGGGCAUGCUUUCUCAACCCGGAGUGCGUAGUAUUUAACUUACGUAAGAUUGUUGACGAUUAGGAGAUUGAGAUGUUGACAUCGCAAUUCCCAGACACCAUGGGCCUCAUCCCAAAAAUUUCAAAAAAAAUAUCGAAGUUCUUGCAGAAGUUCUUCUAGACACUAAGUAGAAUCAGCUCAAGACUAUAACCGAAGGCAUCAUCGUUAAAGGCGAAAAAAAUAUUAGCACCACCCGGGAUUUUGACAGAUAGCCCUCUCAUUCGAAUUAACCUCUAUAACAUCCCCUCCUGUGCCCUACAAACGCAGAACUCCAGCUGGCAUGGAAGAUCUACCUAUCUGGUACCCUUGGCGAGAAUGGCCACAUUGCUAAAGAUAAUCCCAAUAUGUGUCAACUUUGACGCACAGACCACUAAUUAAUAUAAUGAGCACACCAUAGAGGAACUAUUGUAAAAGCAUACAGCGAUUACCAUGGAAAAGGUAAGACAGGCUCUUGCCCAACAAGUCUCAAAAGAAGCGGAAGACAGACGAGCAACCGAAUUGGCUGCUGAAAACCCAAAGAGUAUUGAUGUCCACAUGAGGGAUAUAUACGGAACGGCCAUUGACAGUAACUAUGGCCCCACUAACUCGGCAACACAGCUCUGUACCGACAGAACACACCCGUUUAAAGAAGAUGCAGAAAUGCAAAUAUCUGGUGAAGGAAGCUCAUCACAUGACAACA